AUGGUGUGUACGCUGGCCCGACAUUUCACAAGUGUUGGAGUUGUGAGCGAGAAUUUGGACCAAUUUGAAUGUGAUGGGUUUAUAGUGGAUGAUGAAGAGGAGGAGGAAGACAAAAACGAUCAAGAGAUCAGUGAAGGAUCCUGUUCUGAUGAUGAUGAUGGUGAAUUGGUUCAAGAAAACAGAAUUCCAGGCAUUUGUCAAUUUCCAAAAUUAGAUAUUGUAGGCCUACUAUUUGCUGAUAUAUUCGGAGAAGAGAAAGCUUCAUUCUGUGGUCAAAACUAUGAGAUGAGUGAUUUUAUUGUGGGUGAGGAAAAAUCUUAUGGAAAGGGAUCAUCUCUAAGGUGGUUGAAGAUGAACAAAAAGAAGAUGGAGCAAGUCGUAACCAUUUGUUUGUCUACCUUAGAUGACAAGGUUCCUAUUACUGAUGAUGCCAAUCAGACCCUGAAUCAUCAGAAGCAAAUGAUUGAAGAAAUCGUGGGGCCUCCUCCACUUGAUAUAAGAAGCAUAGAAGAGGAGACUAUUUGGAUACAUAAUCAACUUGUAAUGAAUUCACAUAUAUUGUUCUGUAAGAAAAAAACUGAAGAAAGAUCUGUAGAGGUAUAUGUUCUACUGAACAAAAUUAAGAAGGAAGAUAUUAUGAGGUUCCUGGAAUUGCAUUAUGUGGAGAAGUUUGAUGAGCAAUGUUUGAGUCUGCUGGAUGAUUUUGAGCAAAAUGAGGCUGAGAAUGAAGAUAAUGAUGAUGUUGGACAAGCAGGGCAAUUGAAGUGGCAUAAGGUACUUUGGAUUAUAAAAGAAUUAGACAUGUGGUUUCUCCUUCAGAAGCGUAAGAGUGUGCUUCAGAUGCACCAAAGGAAAAUUUACGAUGAGGAAUGUUCGAAGAUUGAUAACAGUGAAAAGUAUACUUUGAAUAAGCAAUUAUUCGAAUCAAUAUCAAAGUCUCUCAAUGAAGCUAAAACGAAGGAAGAGAUUGAUGACGUGGAUGCAAAGUAUACUUUGAAUAAGUUGUUAUCUGGGUUCAACAUAAUCUGCACCAUCUACAAUUUAUGUUAUUUGGAUUCAUUCGAUUGUAGGUGUUGA